CACACCACCAGGUUUUGACGCGCCGGAGAUAAAUUAAUGAACCCCCGUGGAGGAACAUGGGAAUAAUUAGAGGAAAUCCACCUUUUCUGGAGGACGUUUAAAGAUUUCUCUCUCUUUUUUAAAAAAAAAAAAAUUGUUUGUUGUUUUUCUUAUUUCGUUCAUUUUCUUUGUUUUUUUGUUGUUUUUUUUUUUCUCCCCCCGGUCGCGAUCCUCGGGUGAACCUCCGUGUGGGAUAUUUCGGCUGGACGAAGCGGCUCGGCUUCGGUCUGAGGCGCCCCCCUUUUUCCAUCGGUUGGAGGAGGAAGAAGAGGAGGAGGAUUGGGGAUGAAGAAGAAGUGAAGCCCCUCUACUGUCGGAGAAGACUACAUUUUUUUUCUUUCCAUCCCGCAGGUGAUUAACAGUUGAAAAGCAAAGGCACGCCUUUUGGAUACAUCCGUCGGGGAAUAAACAAGUUAGAGCCGUGGCGUCGGAGAUCGAAGGUGUGAGAAGAUGUGACACGUUCUUUUUUUUUUCUUUUCUUUUCCUUUUUUUUUUUUUGAAACGAGGGAAAUGGAGAAAAAGAGGAGAGGAGAUGCCGCGUCGGACAAAUAUUUCCUCUCCUGCUCCGUAGGAUUCUUCCUUUAUUUAUUUAUCUAUUUAUUUUGCAGUGUGCUCAGUCAACGUGACCGCGGUUAAAAAAAAAAAAAAGUGUUCCCAAAUUCCUCUAGCGCACACAUCUUCAAGUGGAACUCAAACACAAACCUCAUCUGGGAGCUUCUGAUUAAAACUUGGCGGCUGGAGGAACACGGUGAGAAUCACAUCUGAGCUUUUUUUUUUCUUCCCCUCUCUCCCUCUCUCUCUUCCUCUCUCUCUCUUGGCUUUCUGGAAAUGUGAGUCCGCCGGAGACCAGUGCGCACCACGCAGAGUCGCCAAGGCUGCAGCGCACAGCCCAAUUUUUUAUUAUUUUUUUUUUUCCCCCAGCGCGGGGGAAAGCGGGGCUUCGCACCGCAGCAUCUCCACGACGCUCUCGUUUUUUUUCUUUUUUUUUUUUUUCUUCUCCUCACUCUCGUCGCUGAGAUGCGUCCGCGGGCAGCGAUCCCCUAAAUGGCCAGUGGAUACUGAUUCUCCAUGGUGUUCGCCGGCCAGGUGUCUCAGAGAAGAGGGCGAAACCUCGGCUGUUUGGUUCAGUAACAGCAGCAACAAAAUAACACCCUGGACACACCUUUUUUAAUGUCAGUCAAGAUUUCGGCUGGGUUGCCAUGACGAGCGAGGAGUGUCCUGUGCCGCUGGGGAGCAUUUCCUCAGCAGGGCCAGGGCAGAGCGAGGACUACGGUUCGGCGCAUGCUGACGACAUCAUCGAGGAGGUGGGUCCGGGUGAUGAUGUCAGUAUCGGCAGUGACCUGAGCACCCUCGUGGUGCCCUUCCCAGAGCUGGCGCCCGUGGUCUUCUUCUGCCUGAAGCAGACCACCUGUCCUCGCAACUGGUGCAUCCGGAUGGUCUCCAGCCCGUGGUUCGAGAGGAUUAGCAUCAUGGUGAUCCUGCUCAACUGCGUGACACUGGGCAUGUACCAGCCCUGUGAGAACAUCGACUGCACCUCGGACCGCUGCCAGAUACUGCAGGCCUUCGAUGCAUUCAUCUACAUCUUCUUUGCGCUGGAGAUGGUGGUAAAGAUGGUGGCGCUUGGGAUCUUUGGCCGUCGCUGUUACCUGGGGGACACCUGGAACAGGCUGGACUUCUUCAUCGUCAUGGCUGGGAUGGUAGAGUACUCACUGGACCUGCAGAACAUCAACCUGUCAGCCAUUCGGACAGUGCGGGUCCUGCGGCCCCUCAAAGCCAUCAACAGAGUGCCAAGUAUGCGUAUCCUGGUGAACCUGCUGCUGGACACUCUUCCCAUGCUGGGCAACGUGCUGCUGCUCUGCUUCUUCGUCUUCUUCAUCUUCGGCAUCAUCGGUGUGCAGCUGUGGGCGGGGCUCCUGAGGAACCGCUGCUACCUCGAGGAGAACUUCACCCUCUCUUCGGGUCUGACCCUGCCGCUUCCGUACUACCAGCCAGAGGAGGAUGAUGAACGCCCCUUCAUCUGCUCCCUUGCACAUGACAACGGCAUCAUGUCAUGUUCGGACGUGCCAGCGAGGCGCGAGGGAGGACGAACGUGCUGCCUGGACAAGGAGGACGCUCUCCACAGACAGGCUCUGGGCCUAAGUCCUGAACCGCUGGCGAACGGUAGCGGUGCUGGUGAAGCGAUGGGUCUGUGCAUCAACUGGAACCAGUACUACACCCGAUGCCACACAGGAAAUAGUAACCCCCACAAAGGUGCCAUCAACUUUGACAACAUCGUUUACGCCUGGAUUGUUAUUUUUCAGGUGAUCACUCUGGAGGGCUGGGUGGAGAUUAUGUACUAUGUAAUGGAUGCCCAUUCCUUCUACAACUUCAUCUACUUCAUCUUACUCAUCAUUAUUGGUUCAUUCUUCAUGAUCAACCUGUGCCUGGUGGUCAUCGCCACCCAGUUCUCAGAGACCAAACAGCGGGAGCACCAGCUGAUGCAGGAGCAAAGGGCGCAGUGCUUGUCCUCCUCCACCCUGGCCAGCAUGGCUGAGCCUGGAGAUUGCUACGAGGAGAUCUUCCAGUUGGUCUGCCACGUCCUCCGCAAGGCUAAGAGGAGAUCGGCAGCUCUCUACUACACGCUGAGGGGCAAGCCCCCGCCAGCUGGUGGAGGUAGAGGCAACCGGCGUGGUGGGGGCAAUGUGAACGGAGAGCGGCAUCAUUCCAGGCACCCAAGAUCCUCCCACUGUCCGCACCAGAACAAGCCAGACCACAGCACUCAGCCGCUCGCCAACUCCAUCAGUCUGACCGUCCCUCAGAAUCCAGAGGACUGCCCCAUAUGUGCAUUAUCGCUGAAAGAGGGGGCGAGGGCUGCUGGAGACUUGGCCAACGGGGAGGAAGAUGAUGAGGAUGCAGUGAAGGAGACGGGCAAGGAGGAGAACCAUCUAGAGGAGAAGGGGGAUGGAGAGAAAAAGAAGAAGAGGACUUGCUUUCGGCACUGUAUCGACAUGUGGAACGGAAUGAGAAGGAAACUUUGGGGCAUUGUGGAGAGCAAGUACUUCAGCAGGGGCAUUAUGAUCGCUAUUCUCAUCAACACCAUCAGCAUGGGCAUCGAGCAUCACAACCAGCCCGAUGAGCUGACCAACGUCCUGGAGAUCUGCAACAUCGUCUUCACCAGCAUGUUCACCCUGGAGAUGAUCCUGAAGCUGACUGCUUUUGGCUUCUUUGAGUACCUGAGGAACCCCUACAAUAUCUUCGACGGCAUUAUUGUCAUCAUCAGUGUGUGUGAGAUCAUCGGCCAGGCAGACGGCGGCCUGUCAGUGCUGAGGACCUUCAGACUGCUGAGGGUCAUUAAGCUGGUGAGGUUUAUGCCUGCUCUGAGGCGGCAGCUGGUGGUGCUGAUGAAGACGAUGGACAACGUGGCCACUUUCUGUAUGCUGCUCAUGCUCUUCAUCUUCAUCUUCAGUAUCCUGGGGAUGCACAUCUUUGGUUGUAAGUUCAGUCUGAAGACAGAGGCCGGAGACACAGUGCCCGACAGGAAGAACUUUGACUCCCUUCUCUGGGCCAUCGUCACUGUCUUUCAGAUUUUGACUCAGGAGGACUGGAACAUGGUGUUGUACAAUGGCAUGGCAUCCACCUCGCCCUGUGCUGCACUCUACUUCGUAGCUCUUAUGACCUUUGGAAACUACGUGCUCUUCAAUUUACUGGUUGCCAUCUUGGUGGAGGGUUUCCAAGCUGAGGGUGAUGCAAACCGCUCCUACUCGGACGAUGACAGGUCUUCCUGUAAUUUUGAGGAGAACGAUAAGCAGAAAGACUCUCUACAUCUCUCAGACCCAAAGAUUUGCACACUAACCCCGAAUGGGCACCUGGAUCUUGCCCCUCUUCCCCCUGGUCUGUAUCCAGGAGAGAGGUUGACCUUUGCUCUUGGCUCCAGAAAGAACAGCGUUAUUUCUCUUGGCAGGGCAGAGCAGAGGGCUGUGUACCCAGGGCGAGCUUAUCACAACUGGGGCCGCCCUCUGCCUCCCCAUCCACAGGCCUUGUGGGCCCGUCGCUCCAGCUGGAACAGCCUGGGAGGAUGCCGCCCCUGCUCCUCCUCGUCUCCCUCUACCAGUCCAGCCCUUACCCCCACCUCUGCGAGGCCCUUCUAUGGCUACGGCCUGGGAGGCCUCGGCGGAGUGGUCGGAGGAAGCCUUCGUAUACGGGGUCCCCGUGCUUCCUCAUCCCCGCGCCGCCACCUGGCCCACAUCCACACGGAUGAGGAGGAGUCUCUCCUCUCUCCUCCUGCUGUCGCUCCACAGUCUCUCCACCUUCCCCAUCCUGUGCUGCCUGGCCACUUUGUACCCAGGAGGGACCGCAGAGCUCUAUCGCUAGAACUGCCCCAUCUGCUGCAGGUCCCGGGACCCCAGCACCGUCCACUGCCACCACACCACCUGCUGCCCCCCAUGACGCUCCACGCUCACCAAAGGAAGAAGAGCUUCUCUGGGGGGAUGGUAAUCAGCGGCGGAGGUGGUGGCAGUGGGCUCGACAGUCUUGGUGGACUAGGAGUGGUGCACCAAGACUGUAAUGGGAAGACUCCUCUGUCUCAGCUCCUCCAGCCUCCUCCUAGACACCCGGCUGAGCCGGCUGGAGGGCAGAACCCCCAGAGCCAGCUGAUGGCUGACGUCUUCCCCGCAGUUAACACACGCAGCAAGGAUAGGGAGGACAUGGAUGAUGACAUUGACUAUAGCUUGUGCUUCCGGAUCCAGAAAAUGUUAGAAGUGUACAGACCAGAUUGGUGUGAGACCAGAGAGGACUGGUCUGUCUUCCUGUUCUCCCCGCAGAACAAGUUUAGACAGAUGUGCCAGUCCAUCAUAGCCCAUAAGCUGUUUGACUACGUGGUGUUGGCUUUUAUCUUCUCCAACUGUAUCACAGUUGCUCUGGAGAGGCCCAAGAUACUACAGGGCAGCUUGGAAAGGGUCUUCCUCACGAUCUCUAACUACAUUUUUACGGCCAUCUUUGUGGGCGAGAUGACACUCAAGGUGGUUUCCAUGGGUCUGUACGUGGGUGAGCAGGCAUAUCUGCGGAGCAGCUGGAACAUUCUGGAUGGCUUCCUGGUUUUCGUGUCUCUGAUUGACAUUGUCGUGUCCAUGGCGGGUGGGGCCAAGAUCCUGGGCGUGCUUCGAGUACUCAGGCUGCUCAGAACAUUGCGCCCUCUCAGGGUGAUCAGCAGAGCUCCGGGUCUGAAGCUGGUAGUGGAGACCCUCAUCACUUCCCUCAAACCCAUCGGCAACAUCGUCCUCAUCUGUUGUGCGUUCUUCAUCAUCUUUGGCAUUCUUGGGGUGCAGCUGUUUAAAGGCAAAUUCUUCUACUGCUUCGGCCCCGACGUCAAAAACAUCACCAACAAGUCUGACUGUCUGCAAGCCAACUACAAGUGGGUCCACCAUAAGUACAACUUUGACAACCUUGGGCAGGCUCUGAUGUCCCUGUUUGUGCUCGCCUCCAAGGAUGGCUGGGUCAACAUUAUGUAUCACGGUCUUGAUGCUGUGGGUGUGGACCAACAGCCGGUGACCAACAACAACCCGUGGAUGCUGCUGUACUUCAUCUCCUUCCUCCUCAUCGUUAGCUUCUUCGUCCUCAACAUGUUUGUCGGCGUGGUGGUGGAGAAUUUUCACAAGUGCCGACAGCACCAAGAGGUGGAGGAGGCCAAAAGGCGGGAGGAGAAGCGUCAGCGGCGCAUGGAAAAGAAGAGGAGAAAAGCCCAAAAGCUGCCCUACUAUUCAAGCUAUGGCCAAGUGCGCCUGAUGAUCCACACACUGUGCACAAACCACUACCUGGACCUCAUCAUCACCUUCAUCAUCUGCAUCAACGUCAUCACCAUGUCCUUAGAGCACUACAAUCAACCUCAUUCUCUGGAUCUCGCCCUGAAGUACUGCAACUAUUUCUUCACCUCCACUUUCGUGUUGGAAUCAGUACUCAAACUCAUCGCCUUCGGCUUUCGCCGCUUCUUCAAAGAAAGGUGGAACCAGUUGGACUUGGCCAUCGUGCUUCUGUCAGUGAUGGGCAUCACCCUGGAGGAGAUCGAGAUCAGCGCUGCCCUGCCCAUCAACCCCACUAUCAUCAGGAUCAUGAGAGUACUGAGGAUAGCUCGAGUGCUGAAACUGCUGAAAAUGGCGACGGGAAUGAGAGCCCUGCUGGAUACGGUGGUCCAAGCCCUGCCUCAGGUGGGUAACCUGGGCCUGCUCUUCAUGCUGCUGUUUUUCAUCUACGCCGCCUUAGGAGUAGAGCUUUUUGGAGAACUUGUAUGUAAUCCUGACUACCCAUGCGAGGGUAUGAGUCGUCACGCUACUUUUGAGAACUUUGGCAUGGCUUUCCUUACCUUGUUUCAAGUCUCCACGGGCGACAACUGGAAUGGCAUCAUGAAGGACACAUUGCGGGAGUGCCCACCGGACCACGGCACCGAUGUGGACUAUGCCUGCAAUCCGAGCCUUCAGUUUAUUUCGCCUAUGUACUUUGUCUCCUUCGUGCUCACCGCCCAGUUCGUGCUCAUCAAUGUGGUGGUGGCCGUGCUGAUGAAGCACCUGGACGACUCCAACAAGGAGGCCGCAGAGGAGGCGGAGAUGGAUGCAGAAAUUGAGCUGGAGCUGGCCCAGGGCACCCUCUGUUGCAUGGGCGCCCCCGGCUGCGGGGGUGCGAGGAUGGACAAAGGACUAGUCGCUGCUGGUUCAGGGCCUGGAGGCACAACAGCGGGGAAGGAGCGAGGAGGUGCCAGAGGAGAGAAGGGAGAAGGAAUGAGGAAGAUGCGCCACGCGUCAGCCACUGGGCACCCAGGAGGGUACAACUCCCGAGACUCCAUCCGGAGCCUGUACUCACCAGCACAAGAUUCACUGGAGGGGGAGAUGCUGAUGAUCGACAACCUCUCCGGUUCUGUCUUCCACCACUACUCCUCUCCUCCGCCCGUCUGUAGAGACUGCAAGGGCCACCCACAAGAGCAGAUCAGGAUGGCAGAGAUUGAGCAGGCGUCGCUGAAGUCAGAGCAGCUCUCAGACAAAUCCUCAUCUCCGGCGCUGCCUGAUGACCUCAGCCUGGACGAACACACAGCCUACCAGCUGCUGGCGCGAGAGAGCACGGGAAGGUGCAGCAGUGACUCCCGCAGCUCCGAGGAGGCUGGAGGUGGAGGGAGUCACGCGGGAGGCUACCAGACUCAGACCGUGGUGCAGAGCCAGCCCUGCCGAGCCCUCAGCGCUGGCAUCGAGAUAGAGACCGCACUACAGGAGAUGGAGAUGCAAACACACCAGACACAUAUGUGCUCAUCUCACUGUAGCCCCGGUGGCGUUUCCAGCAGCAGCAACAAGGGAAGAAACAAAGAUGGAGAGGGAGGAGCCAGUGGCAUUUCUCCUCUCUUCCAUCUGCCUGCAGAGUUCUUCCACCCAGCAGGAGCAGCCAUCCCAGCACCUCCCCGCAGUCGGAGCCUACGGUUGUCAAGGGGCCUCCGGCUGACCUCCCCAGCCUCCUGGGCGUCGCUGCGCUCCCCAGGAGCCCAUAGCAAGAUGCUGUGUACGCAGUACCCGUCCCACAGUGACUCCUCCCUGGCUACAGGCAGCUCUGAGGGCAGCCUCCAGACUACCCUGGAAGAAGGUCUGAGCUUCAGCAUCUCUCCACCGCAGAACCUGGAGUUGCCUUUGCCCACAGCUCCGUUACCCCUCGUGUGUCCGCUCCAGCUGCCCGAAGACGGCACGGCGAUUUCCUCCCCGGUCCAGACCCUGAGACCAAGGCCGACGCCCUCAUCAACCCUCACCCUCCAGGCCACCAGGGGCCACCAGCGGAGCCAGAGCAGCGGCCGAGGUAGCACCAGCCCGGGCUACACCCGUGAUGACUCAAUUGACCCCUCAGACGAGGACCUGGGCAUAGGCAUUGGGUCAUCAAUUGGUGGUUGUGGCUCAAGCCAAGCGGGAAACAGUGAACACUUGUCAGAGACACUGAGCAGCUUGUCGCUGACAUCACUGCUGUCGCCCAGCUCCCUGGUGUACCCGGGAGGAGCAGUGAAGAAGUGCAACAGCACAGGGAGCCUGGAACAAGGGGGGAUGCUGCUGUCGUCGCGGGGCAGGGAGAGCCGCAGGGAGAUUCUAGGCCUGGAACUUAUGGACCCCCAAGGCUUCUUGGCCAACCCCUGGGCGGGGGUAUUAGUUGACACAAGAAGAGGAGAUGGAAGAGGGGACCUAGGAGAUGGCGAGCAAGGGUUUAAAGGAAAGAGCUCGAGCCAGACAACAGUAGGGCCUUGUCGGAAAAACAGAUGAAAUCCGCUGUUUACUCCUUCUUUGUCUCUCCAUUCCUUGGAUCUAAACCCAUUGCUGUCCCUCUCACUCUCUCUGCUCGCAUCAGUGAGAGAGAGGCUUGAUGACACAUGAUGUCCUGUAUCUCAAAACCAAACCCUCAUCUUACCCCUCAACCCCUUUCUAUACAUUUGUGACGAGCCCAUGUCCUAUUUUGUGCUACCUAGGGGAGUGGUCUUGGUUGUAGCCUGCUAGUUAGGAAGUGGCCUGCGGAGUUAAGGACCAAGGGCUGAAGACAGGUCCUAACCUCUUGGGGGCCGUACCUGUUGAGGAGGACGUGGAACGGUUCUGCUCUCUCUGGACGGCCCGAAGGUGCAUCCAUAUCAGGGAGUGAAUUGGAGCAGAGACAAAAGAGCUGAAACUCAAAAGAAAGAGUCUUGCUGUCGCUUGACUGUAGUUCCUUUUCUGCGCGUCGGCUCGGUUUCACAGAGGAUGACAAUGCAAAAAUAGAAGUUCCCAAACUGAAACAGCUAUUCAUGCCAACAGAGACAGUUUUGAUUAGUGUUAGUGUCUCGGAGGCAGUUGCGGCAAGUCGGAGGGAGGAGGCUCGGAGAUGGUGGAAUAUAUCAAGGCGUAAGAAAGGCUGGGAAAGGAGAAGACAGGUCAUUUGUUUGGCUGGGCGAGCAGAAAGCGGAUCUAAUGUCCAUCUGCUCUGGCAGACGGAAACAACAGGUCCUACUCGCUACUGGCACAGGACCUUCUGCUGAGUUCGGAGCGAAGCGCAAGGUGGAGGAGAGUUCAAGAGGGUGCGCCCGACGUGUUUGUGUUUGUGAGAGCACUGAUCUCCAAGGCAUGAAUUAAAUUAUUCUCAUCACUUCACCAUAUCUCUGUAUUUUUUCAAACGGGAGAUAGGUAUCGACUGAUCAAAGCUCCGUGCCUCCGUCAACUCGGCCUUGAGUGGCAGCGGAAAAUGAAAAGAAAUUGACAGAUUGCGGAGGUAUAGCCGUGCAUGGAGUGAUUCGUGAAAUUGUUUUUUUUUUUUUCUCUCUCUCUCUCUCCAGCAUCUCGCACUCACUCAAAGAUGAAGAAACGAGUACGAAUAGGAGCUUGGUUGGAUGGAGCUUUACAAACCCCAUCAGCAGGAACACUAACGCGUGCCUGGGGCAGCCUUGUGUGCACCAAAAAAAAAAAAAAGAAAAAAGAUUCACAGCUACUUAACAAAGUGAGACUCGAAGCACACUCCUUUUGACACCACUUCCUCCCACCAUGCUUAAGGAUUAGAGGUGAACGGACGAACGCGCAGGUGUUUGCGAGGGACCUUGACUGCAUGAUGGAAUUGCAUUUAACCGAGAUUUUUAUCUAUAUACAGAAAAGUGUAUCAAGAUGUCAAUGUUGGGUGAUAACGAUGUGAUUUCUAUUCCACUAUUUUUGUAGAAAAGAGAAUAGGCACGUGCAAGUGUUGCCGUUUCUUUGUCCCCGUUUAAUUUAACCCAUACGAUCUCUUUGACAUGUUGUCUGGGACUUUUUGUCUGCCAGUGGCUUCCAGUUUUAUAACAUUUUUUAAGGUGUGCACAGUGUAUAAAACAACGAAGCAAAAAAUUUCAAACAAACUUUGUGCGCUGAAGUGAUUGUUCCCUCCAGCACAUUUCUCUUUGGGAACACUGGGUUCCUGGUGGAUUCUUUUUUUUUUUUUUUUCCAAAUGUUGGAGUCCCAGAGGGACAACCAGAGAUGGGAACAGCCAUAUUCACUCAGCACAUGAGGAUCGUUCUAGCUCACAGACAUUCCUGGCUGCACACAGGGAACUUUGUUUGCUUUUAGCCUCCUAUGCUAAAAAAAAAAAAAAAAAAGAAGAAGAAGAAGAAGAAAAAAAAAACAUGAAUAGCGCAAAACCAUCUCUAUGAAAGCUUUAAUUUGAAAGUUACACCACAACAUAUCGAUUACGGACACAUCAGUGUUCCUUAAGCAUGGUUCUGGGAUUGCAAUACAGUAUGCUUAUUCUUGAAAUGACAUCCUGAUGCACUCAUCUUCUCUUCCCCAUCUCCUCACACAUACAGUAUGUUGUAGCAACUCUUCCACACACACACCCACCCACACACACACAUUAUCAUUUGAUAUCAAAAGCGGGACACUGUAACAACGGACAAAACUUUUGCAUCUUUUAAUGCAAACUUAUUUUGGCUCCUGCCACUUGAUUAAUUGCUCCAUCUGAGAAGCAGAUGCUCAUCUCAAAGCCUGAUUUCUGGAGGUAGACUGUUGUAUAUCCCUAGUGUUUUGAUCAUUACCUUGCUUUUUUCAUUUCUCGAAAAGGAAUGAGGUGAUGUGAGAAAAAAAUCCGAGGGUUUGACCUUUUUUAUCAUGCAAAAUCACUUUGAUGACUAUGUCUUAUCACACGGUGUUGGGUAUUAAUGAGUGAUAGUAACAAGGCAGUUCAUGCGAGUGUGUGUGCUUGUGCGUGUGCGUCCAUGACUUCAGGUGAAGUGAUUGCCUUUCCCUGAAGAGUCCUGUUUGUCGGCGAGGACACCCCGAGAUUAAAAAGUCGAAGAGAGAAAACGCGGAGCAACCAAGGGCUGUUUUAGCUUCAAAGAGACGUCCUCCUAUCUUUCUGAGACAAAUCCUUGUGUCAGUGAAUAUGGCAUCAAAGGUUAAAGCCUGACUACGCAGCAAUAAAUGUUCUAUGUGUAUGCCCUGAGUAAAUGAUGUCAAUGUGAUUUUUAUCUCCUCAGAAUACAACAGUAUUCAUUACUGUCUGUUUUUUUUGUUUUUUUUUUCUUGCUUCUACUUGUCUGAAAAAUACAACCAUUCAGAAAGCACCUCUGCCCUCUCAGAGACCAAUCAGCAGAGAGAUGGGCCGCAAUUGGACAACAUGAACAAAUGAGGUUAUUGAACUCAGGUCGGGGGGUAAAAACCACUAGUAAAAUUCUCAAGAUAGCUGUAAAGGUGUGAUCAGACUGAACCCGGCGCAAAUCACCUCACCUCACUUUACUCGCACAAAUUUGACUGCUGGAGUGUUUAUUCCCACGAAAACAGCCAAAUGCACGGACACUCCCGAUGCUAGCUCGAACUACCUAAUGAUGCGCCAACUGUGCGUGUGCGUGAGCAGAGUGUGCCUUUGUACAGUGCGUGUGCGCUGCGGCUCAGCCUCGGCCUGGUUCUCUUACCAGGAUCUUAAUUUGUUUCUGUUAUUUUCCUCCAGACUCUCCUUUCACUUUUCUUCCUCGUCUCUGUUUGAACAUGAACCGCAGUUUUUUUUUUUCGCUCGCACCUUUUCGACACACACUUCUGCUUCGGCUCACGCUGCCUUGAACGAAAACGUGCGUCCACCUCUGCAUUGAAUUUGUAUGCAAUCACGCCGCCUCUGGGAUUUGCUCUGCGCUCAGUCUGAGCACACCUUAAGAGUGUACAAUUCACGUUUGUACAUAUCUUUGUAUUUUUGAUCUGCAUGUGUGCAUUGCUGCCAGUUGACCAUGAUUAUAUCAUUAGUAUGCAUUUCAUAAAAUUGUACAAAG